UCCAAGGUUUAGUUACCUUUGCCCUUGCAAGAUUCCUCCUCUCCCACAAUCUCUUUCACCCAUACUAACAACUUAUCACCAACCAUUACCGACUGUUUACAAAUCGAAACCUCUUAAUUACCGUCCUAUCGCAUAUUUCUUAGCCCACAAAUCACCGCAGCUCGUGAAAUGUCAAGUGCGCCCAUAAGGAACGAAUUCCAUCCUGAUCUCGUCUAGCUCGCUGCGAACACCGUGCCAAUGAACUCCCCGAAAAACUGCCCACCGAUAAUAACCCACAAAACUCGAAAAUUACACGUCUGAAAAUUCCUCGCGGUCAAUGUGACAUCAACGCUACCGUUUCCGUCAAAAUGAUGGACACCAUCACCUUGAGUCCGUUCUUCUCCCAGAACACCCUCCUCGUUGCCGGGAUUUGCAGCCGCUGCUACCGCGACCUUGAUGACGUCAAAAUCGUGAAGAUAAACACCGCGUUCUUGCGCCAGAUCAUCAAGAACAGGACCCUCAGGUGGAGGCCUCCACGCUCCCCCCACAACCUGGUGGAGGAGUCCUUUUACGACAACCCUUGGGGUCUCCUGGUGGCGACGAUUUUCCUCAACAAAACCACCUGCUUUAGCGCCAGACCCUUGAUCGAGCAAUUCCUGGAGGACUUCCCCGACGCGGUGGACGUAGUAGCGAAGAAGCCCGAGGACUUAGAGAAAUACUUCGACAAUUUGGGGCUGGUGAAGAGGGCCCGACAGGUGUGGCAAAUGAGUUACGAUUUUCUUUACAAGCGGUGGAGGAGCGUGGGGGAGCUGCACGGAAUCGGGAGGUAUGGAGAAGACGCCUUCCGCAUUUUUUGUUUGGGGGAUUUCAGCGUGGAGCCCGAAGAUAGGUUUUUGAAGAUAUACAGGGCGUGGUAUUUGACGAAGGAAACCGAAGGUGAGCGAUUUUUAAUAAAGUUUAUCAAAAUUAUUAUUAUUAAACAAUCUCAACGUCAAACGAAAUUUUUGCGCCCCGGAAUGGAGGCCUCCGGAUCGGCCGAAGAGAGAAUCGCCAAAAUCGAAAAAUGCCAGGCCAAAUUGGCGGCGGCCAAGGCCAACUUGGAGGCGAGGAAGCAGGCGGUGGGGGCGCCGGCGGGGAUCGUGAAUGACUUGAGAGAUUUAUUAGUAUCGGAUUUGGCUUUUUAUAUAUAUAUUAGUUUGUUAAGGUUAGUUUGCGGUGACGUAAAUGGAAUUGUGCACCAGAUCCAUGGUCGUACCGUACUAAAACUCACCUCUAAUCUUUGGUACUUCGACAAAUGGCACACUGAUCACCUAACACUGGUACUACGUGAACUUGACUGCUCCGCGGCAGUACCGCGAGUGAAGUGCGGAACUCGUGGAGGUACUCACCUGUCGGACCUUUUCUUCGGAAGCUGUGGCGGGAUUUGGCAGACUUUGGACGUGACGGUGGUACCGAGAAUGGGUCAAUCAAAAGGUUCUGAGGUGACGUACGAAAUAAUUAAAACUUUCUGGGAAAUAAAUACGAAUGGAGGUAAUGUAAAAUGA